GCUCACAAUCGGCCCUGUCUCGGCGGCUCCCACCCCGCCCCCUGCGCUCACCGGGCUGCAAGCUCGCCCGCGGCGGACCCGGGGCCCAUGGACACACACCCCCCCUCCCUGCAGCCCCGCGCGCCGGUUCGCCUGCUCUGCCCACGUAGACACCAUUCACGGCUGGGCGCCCAAGCCGGGCUCCUGGAACCCGCGGUCGCAGCUGGGGCCCCCGCCAGGUGGCAGAGAACGAGGGCCGCGGCCGCAGGGCGCCCCCGCAGGCCGAGGAGCGUCGGUGCCUGGUCAUCCGCGGCUUCUGAUCACCCCCAGGACUAAGAGGCAAAAAAGAAAAAAAAGGAGCUGUAAGCAAAUAUUGAACUCUAGUUAAGGAUACUGUAUGCUGGAAUAUGUCUGCAAUUUACCUUGAAAUGGAUCAAAAAAUAAGAUGGAUACGUGCUAGACAGAAGGAUGGAUAGUUUUUGUUUUGGUCCAGAAAAGCAUUUUCAAGAAGGUGGUCGAGUAUGGCUUUAGCCGAUAAGAGACUUGAGAACUUGCAGAUCUACAAAGUUCUUCAGUGCGUUCAGAACAAAGACACGAAGCAGAUAGAAAAGCUGAUCAGGCUUGGAUACCCUGAACUAAUCAAUUUCACAGACCCCCUCAAUGGACACAGUGCUCUGCACUUGGCCUCGGUUUCCAAUGACGUCGAUAUGGUCAGCUUUCUCCUUAGCCUUGGUGCUCACCCUGAUGUGCAAGACAAGAUGGGUCGUACUCCGACAAUGAGGGCUGCAGAGCUGGGGCAUGAAUUGUCCAUGGAAAUAUUAGCCAAGGCAAAGGCUGACAUGACUAAAGUUGAUAAUGAAGGAAAAGGUAUUUUGUUUUACUGCAUUUUACCUACUAAGCGGCAUUAUCGCUGUGCAUUGAUUGCCCUGGAACAUGGCGCAGAUGUCAACAACUCUACCUAUGAAGGAAAACCAAUAUUUCUUAGAGCUUGUGAAGAAGCACAUGAUAUUAAAGACACGUGCCUGACAUUUCUGGACAAAGGAGCUAAUCCAAAUGCUAUCAACUCAUCCACAGGUCGAACGGCUUUAAUGGAAGCAUCAAGAGAAGGAGUGAUAGAAUUAGUUCGAGGGAUAUUGGAAAGAGGAGGUGAAGUGAAUGCCUUUGACAAUGAGAGAAAACAAGCUGCACAUUUUGCUGCCAAAGGAGGCUUUUUUGAUAUAUUGAAGCUUCUUUUUGCUUACAAUGGAGACAUGGGGCUGAUAUCAAUGAAUGGGAACACACCACUUCAUUAUGCUGCCAUGGGUGGUUUUGCAGACUGCUGUAAAUAUAUAGCUCAGCGAGGAUGUGACCUGAAAUGGAAGAACUUAGAUCAUAAAACACCCAGGACUGUGGCCAAGGAAGGCGGCUUCAAAGCAGCAAGCAAAGAAAUACGGCGGGCAGAGCGCACCGCUAAUAAACUGGCGUGGCCAGGAGCCAAAAAUCCAAAUCCACUCUGGGCCCUGAGACUUCACGACUGGUCGCUAGAACAUGAGACUUUCCUUCGGGAAGCCUUUUCGUUUGUGGACAGAGGCGAUGGGACAGUCAGUAAGGAAGACUUCGUGUUGACGCUGGAGGAGAGGCAAGAAUAUGUGACCCCAGAACAGCUGGCUAUGAUAGCUCAAUAUCAUGAGAAAUUGCGGGGAGCUGGGGUCAACAUUAAUGAUUUCUUUAAAGGAACCAGGUACCUGAGUAAGUCUUAUGUCUUGGGAUCCUAUGGGCCUAAGAAAAAGAAAAAAGGGAUGACCAAAAAGCCAAAGAAAGGCAAGUUUGUCUUACCGCUGCCAAUCUGCAUCAUCCCUGACCACGCAUUUCCCUGCCAGAGUGACGGCGGGCCGCCCUAUUACAUGAUUGAAACCUACAAGAAUGUAACAGAUAGCCUUCGGUUUAACCGAGACUGGCCGCCAGAACAUCCCAUUCAGGAUGACUCUGCUUGGUACAUUGAUGAUCCACCAAAGGUAUUUUCAAAUAUUAAUUUCAUCACCAAGGCAGGAGACCUGGCUUCUCUGAAAAAGGCAUUUGAAUCAGGAAUACCUGUGGAUACGAAGGAUAAUUAUUACAAAACACCACUAAUGACUGCUUGUGCCACUGGAAACAUAGAUGCCGUCAAGUUUCUUCUUGAAAAAGGGGCCAACGUUAAUGCAACAGAUAAUUUCCUGUGGACCCCGCUUCAUUUUGCAUGCCAUGCAGGCCAACAAGAUAUCGUUGAGCUUCUUGUUAAAGCCGGAGCAGUGAUAGAUGCGGUCUCAAUCAACAACUCCACCCCUUUGACUAGAGCCAUUGAGAGCUGUAGACUGGAUACGGUAAAGUACCUCCUUGAUAUUGGUGCUAAAUUCCAGCUGGAAAAUAGAAAAGGACAUACUGCCAUGGAUGUUGCAAAGGCGUAUGCUGACUAUAGAAUAGUUAGUUUGAUUCAAGAGAAGCUGGAUAACUUGCCAAAACCAACAGAAAAUCAAAAACUGAAAGGCAAGCCACCUCCUAAAGUGAAGACUGAAGGCCCUGAAGUUAAGAAAGAAGAGGAACCGCUUUCAUCUGUUUAUGCCAUACCAACCGUAUCAGAGGAAAAGAAAAUGCGUAAGGAUAAUGUGGUUUAUCUCCAUUCAUUGAUUACCAGUGGUUAUACCAAGAAAGUGGAUAUCACAUUUAUUCCACGGAGGAUCUGGAGUCCUGAAGCCACAACAGCAGAGCUGAUCAGAAAAAGGGAGCUGCAGCGAGAGAGGUUCACUUAUGAGGUGGACUUUGAGGACUUCAUGAUGCCCUUUCAGAAGAACAUCACAGAAAAAGCUAAAGCCUUGGAAGCCGCCUUCAAGACCUAAAUCACAGCAGCUGCUUCUUGCGGUCAACAUUUCGAGGCCCAGGGACUAUACUUCAGAGAAAGUUGGUAUUUCCAUCAAAGUCAAAGCAAUCCACAAAUUAAGAAUUUGUAACCAAACAUUUGUUUUUGCUCUAACAACUAUAAAUAUUCUGAACUAUCUAGAAAGUGUGUAUUUUAUUUUGCAAUGAAUUACAUAUUCUGGAUAAACCCCCUAAUCUUCUUUAAGGAUGUAGAGGAAUAAAUGGCAUUUUGGUUAUAAGCAUAACAUUAUUACAAAAAAUUUACAGGAUGUAUGUCAUUAUGUUGCUCAAGUUAUAAUUCUGGUGGAAAUUGAUGAAAACAAUGUAAUAGUAGGGAAGAGAAGUAGGUUUUCUUUUUUUUAAAGAUUUUUAUUUCUUUAUUUGGCAGAGAGAAACACAGCAAGAGAGG